AUGAACAAGGCAGAGAUGGUGGACAGAACAGAAGUGAUUCGAACCUGCAUCAAUCCUGUUUACUCUAAGUUGUUUACGGUGGACUUUUACUUUGAAGAAGUACAGAGGCUGCGGUUCGAAGUCCAUGAUAUCAGCAGCAAUCACAAUGGACUAAAGGAAGCCGACUUUCUUGGUGGCAUGGAGUGUACCCUCGGACAGAUCGUUUCACAGAGGAAGCUGUCCAAAUCCUUACUGAAGCAUGGAAACACUGCAGGAAAGUCUUCCAUAACGGUGAUUGCUGAGGAGCUCUCCGGUAAUGAUGACUAUGUCGAACUGGCAUUCAGUGCACGGAAGUUGGAUGACAAGGAUUUCUUCAGCAAGUCUGAUCCAUUUCUGGAGAUCUUCCGCAUGAAUGAUGAUGCUACUCAACAGCUUGUGCACAGGACUGAGGUUGUGAUGAAUAACUUAAGCCCGGCUUGGAAAUCAUUCAAAGUCUCUGUAAAUUCUCUGUGCAGUGGAGACCAGGACCGUCGACUGAAGUGCAUCGUCUGGGACUGGGACUCCAACGGCAAGCAUGACUUCAUUGGAGAAUUCACCUCGACUUUCAAGGAGAUGAGAGGAGCGAUGGAAGGGAAACAAGUACAGUGGGAGUGCAUAAAUCCAAAGUACAAAGCCAAGAAGAAGAAUUACAAGAACUCGGGCAUGGUUAUUCUGAACCAAUGCAAGAUCCACAAGAUGCACUCCUUCUUAGAUUACAUCAUGGGUGGAUGCCAAAUCCAGUUUACAGUAGCAAUAGACUUCACUGCAUCCAAUGGGGAUCCCAGGAACAGCUGUUCACUGCACUAUAUCCAUCCUUACCAACCCAACGAAUACCUGAAAGCCUUGGUAGCUGUUGGGGAGAUCUGCCAAGACUAUGACAGUGACAAAAUGUUUCCAGCUUUUGGUUUUGGAGCCAGGAUACCUCCAGAGUACACGGUCUCUCAUGACUUUGCAAUCAAUUUUAAUGAAGACAAUCCAGAAUGUGCAGGAAUCCAAGGAGUUGUUGAAGCUUACCAGAGCUGCCUCCCUAAGCUACAACUCUAUGGGCCUACCAACAUUGCCCCUAUUAUCCAAAAGGUGGCCAAGUCUGCAUCCGAGGAGACCAACACCAAGGAGGCAUCGCAAUAUUUCAUCCUGCUGAUCCUGACAGAUGGCGUCAUCACAGACAUGGCUGACACCAGGGAGGCCAUCGUCCACGCCUCCCACCUCCCCAUGUCCGUCAUCAUAGUCGGUGUUGGCAAUGCCGACUUCAGCGAUAUGCAGAUGCUGGAUGGGGAUGACGGGAUCCUGAGGUCCCCCAAAGGAGAGCCUGUCCUCCGAGAUAUCGUCCAGUUUGUGCCAUUCCGGAACUUUAAACAUGCAUCUCCAGCGGCACUUGCAAAGAGUGUUUUGGCUGAAGUUCCAAAUCAAGUCGUGGACUAUUACAACGGCAAAGGAAUCAAACCCAAAUGUUCCUCAGAUAUGUAUGAGUCUUCCAGGACACUAGCACCAUGAACUUCUCCAUACUUUUACAGAGUUCUCAAAUAUUAUUCCUGCUAAUACUUAAUAUUCCUACUACUCCAGUACUUAAAAAAAAUUAAAAUAGCACGUUUUGGUGAUUUUUAACUGACAUUUUUUUUCUGCAUGUGUAGCCCCAAGGCUUGGAUCUGUUAAGCAGUUGUAUUGUUGAAGACUUUUUAUGAAAAAAAAAAAGAAUUUACUCUUUACAUUACACAGCAUGUCGCCUUGAAAUAAAAUGGUAUCUGUAUCUGUUUUUUAUACAGGUUUGUUGAAAUUUUGCUAAAUUUCUUAUUAUCUUUACACUGUAAAGCAUUUUGAAAUAUUUAUUGAGCAUCGAUAGCCAAAAAAAGUAUUUGGUUUCCUCUGCUAAAGGAUGAAAGAUUUUUUCAAAAUGGCAGAUGCAUGGACUGUAUUUUGCAUGUUUCCAAUAAAAAUAAUACCAUUUUGCAGUUGUUGUCUAUGAUUCUUCCCUGCCAAGAUUGGUUUGUUCUUGCCAGGCUCUGCUUAGGGAAGGGAGUGACACAGAGAGGCACAGAUUUCAGGAAGUAGCCCUGGGUCUUCUAAAAGACUUUGGGGGCCGAAUGGGAAGAUCAUCUCAGGCAGGACAUUUCUAUACUGCUUGAGAAGUACGCCGUCUCUCAUCAUCUCAUAGCAGCAAAAUGACCAUAGCAAACUACAAAGAUGUGAGAAUGAAGGAAGGAGACUGAAUCCACCAGGUCUACGCUACAAUGUCUCAUUGUUUCAUCACUACAUCUCCCACUAAAGAAUAGAGAAGCUUGGCCCAGCCCUGUCCCUCGUGUUAACUGACCUGCAGGGAUGGUUCCAUCUUUAUGUCAGCCCCCAGAAAACAAAGUUGUCUAGAUCUCAAUGGACCCUGCCGAUUCAACUCUCAGAUAAUGAGGCUGUGUAAUAGGACUCCAAGGCCUACGUAGACCUCACUUGCCCUAGCCUGGGUGUAUUUGUGAGGUUGUUAGGUUGGUUUUGCCCCUUCACUCAGAGUGAUAAAUUCUGUUUGGAGAAAUUACCCAAAAGCAUCAAGAUGCUGGGGGGAGGGGUAAUGCUUCCUUGGUUUUUUAUCUGGACUGUUUUUAGCCAUAAAUUUGAAUGUUUUAUUUCUAUAAAUCUCAUGGAGUCACCACAUCUGAUUGAAUCCCAGCUCUUCCAUGAACUAUCCGUGUAAUUUGGGGCAAGUUAAUUAGGCUCUCUGGCCUUUCCUCAACUAUAAAGCAAGGCAAUAGGACCUCAUGCCUCUGAGAUCUCUUCCUUCGAUCUAUUCCUCUCAUGGAGAGGAGGGGCAGGUGCUUUAUAAGCAUGGACAGAAGAAGGUGCAAAUGGUUUUCCUUUGGAAGGAUGAGGAAAUAAAUUUCAAGUCCGUAUUAAGCAUUAUUAUUAUUAUCAUUAUUAUUAUUAUUUUGUGUAUGUUUUGGUUUGCUGUUACUUGUUUUUUUAAAUGGGUAAAUCAGAGAGCUGUGUGAUCUACACUGUCUUCCCCGUAGCUCCAACUCUGCAAAUACAUGUCAGCCAAACGCACAACAUUUUGGGAAUGAUGGUGAAAUGUUUGACUGAAAAAAAGAUCAUAAAUAUUUAAACUGUAUUGUUUUAUGAAUAAAUUGGGUACUACAACAUCUCUUUUU